AUGGAGACUGCCAAAAGCCCAGUCCCUGAUAUGCAACCAUCGGGUGGUGCGCCUCAAAACAGGAAGAGGCCUCGAGGGAUGGAAGCCGCCGCCAUGGACGACGAUGAGGUUGCCAUGGGCAUCAAUCUCUUAGGCAAUUCGCUGGGGAAUCGCUUCUUGUUCGUUGCUAUUCACAACAACUACAUCAAAAAUGACGAUUCCAUUUUCUAUGAUCUCAUGGGCUUCUGGGGAAAAGAAAUGGGAACAUUGUUCGAUGAGGGUUUCCAGAUUCAUGGCCAAAUUUUCAAGAUCGCUGUGCUGGGUAUGUGUGGGGAUGCCCCUUUUAUUCGUGAUGCUGGUUUGAUGACGAGAUCAUUCAACAACAUUCGCAAGUCUGCCACUGCAAAUACAAUUCUCCCAGGUGUGUGUUACUUGUGUGCUGCUGGAAAAACACAUGGGCCUGAUUUCGAAAACUUGGAUAUUUUGACAGCUGAAUGGCUUUCCACAACCGGUGUCAACAACUUGUUGCCGUGGAAUGAACCCCCACCGAUAUUGGCUCACAUUCCUUGUCAACAGCAAAACCUUGCAAACUUCUUUAAGGGAGAUCUAUUUCACAUUUGGUACAGUGGGCUUGGAAAAGAUUUUUGUGGCAGUUCGCUCAUCUUCUUGUUGAAAACUGUGAUGCACAAAGGGAACAAAGCCAAUUCCAUGUCCUUCCUCAACGAAGAGCUUCGGCGUUGGCAACGCAUUAGCAAAUCACCCCCGCAUUUUGGGAAAUUCACUUGGGACUUGCUUGACUAUGAUGGACCUCGCAAAUAUCCCAAAGGAAAGUGGAGCAAAGGGAUGGACACAGGAAAGGUCACAAAAUUUAUAGAAUUUCUGUUGUCAGAGAUCCUUGUGGAGAAUGAGCAUGGGCCCAUGCUGACUUUGAUACAGGAAGGGUGCAAGUCUAUUGGUAUUUUCCUCCGGACACUUUUCAAAGCAGGUUUUUUCUUGACAGAACAGGAAGCUCACCAAGCAAUCAGUGCAGGGUAUACUUUUUUACUGACUUAUCAGAACCUUGCGAAGACGGCAUUUUCUUUGAACAAGGCAUUGUAUAAACUCAAGCCAAAGGCACAUGCCUUUGCGCAUUUGGUUCUGGAGAUGUUGGUCCAGUACAAGCAAGACCGAUCGUCUGUCUGCAAUUGUGACAUAUUGCUCGGAUAUCACGCCGUGUAUCAGCCAGAGUACAAGGCACGAAGGUGA